AGUCACGUCUGUGCAAUCUAAAUUUAGUUUGACAAAAAAUAUGUAAUUUGCAAUUUUCCAGCUUCAAUUGCACGAAAAAAUUACGUACACCACUGUAAAUCCAUGAAAUGUUGGAAUUAUUUUCUGAAAUGAUCGAAAUCUGAUGAGGUUUUCUCAUUACAGUGAAUAAUAAUAAUUUUUCGAUUAAUCAUGACAGUUUUUCGUUGUCGUGAAGUGAAAAAGUGAUCGGCCCUGAUAAUAAUCAAUCAAUGAGAUGACAAUAAUCACGACAAUGUGUACUCAGCUCUUCUCCUGCCCACUGUGCACCCAGCCGAGUUUCAAUUCCUUAGAUUCAUUGAGAAUUGGUCUCGUGAGUGUGGCCACACGUCCACUGACAUGUCCCAUCUGCAACGACACUGUCCUAGGUAUAGACAAAUUGACAAUUCACCUGUUUGGUCAUACCAUCAUUGACAAUAGAUCAAAUGAACGUGAGAGAUCUGAAGCCAAAAAUCGACAAAUCGUCAAGAUAAAUGGAUUCGAAGUAGCCGAUUCUGGGGGAAAAUGUGGCAAUCCUGUGAUUAUUCUCAACGAAACAUCCUCAAUUCUACAUCUCAAAACCUCCCAAAACGUCAGAGAUGAUUCCUCAAUUCCUAGACAAUUUAUUGCGACUGUUCCUGUGGUAUUCAAUGGAAUGAGAGAAGAAACUAGUGAUGAAACUGAGAUGAAUGUAUUGGGUGCUGAUGCUGUCUCGCAGGUAGAGACUAAUCCCUGGAAGGGGAAUUUAUUGUCAGAAACCCCUGAAGACGUUAAUCCUGACAGAUUUAAUAACCGAAAUAUUGACGACAUUACGAAUAUCGAAAAAUCGACGAGUGAAGUCAUUCCCAGGAACAUUAUUUCGUCAUCAGAAGUGAGUCUGCACAUUCCAGAGCCUUGCAAUGUUCAUGCGUCAAACGCCAAUGCGAAAUGUCAUGACGAAGAAGUUCAAAGUGACUUAUUAAUUCUCAAAGAACACUCUGAGGAUCAGAAAUCAUCAUCGUUGAUGAAUGGAACAUUGAAUGAGAAGAGGGAGAGGUGUAAUAUCUGUGGCUUGAGCCUGGUGAAUCGGAAUUCUCUGAUAUUACACAAACAACUUGCCCAUAAAAUUGCUGCCAAGGAUUGUAACAUCAAGCCUGAGGAUCUUUUGAAAAAUUAUCCUUGCCAUUUGUGUUCUAAAGUUUUCAAGAUGAGAGGGAGUCUCAUGAUUCACAUGAGAGUGGCACAUACAGGAGGUAAUUUAGCGACCCUGGGAGAGGAGCGAAAUUCAGAUGGAGGAUUCAAUUGUCCUCUGUGUGGAAAGAAUUUUAAAAAGGAACAACAUGUCACUCAGCACCUGAAGACCCACGAGGGGAAACAGUGGGAGUGCGAUGUGUGCAGUAAAAUGUUCACGACAAAGUACUUUCUCAAGAAACAUAAGAGACUUCACUCUGGAGAAAUGCCUUAUCAAUGCAAUAUAUGCAACAAAACGUUUACAUUUCAGCAGUCGUAUCAUAAACACAGGCUCUAUCACAAGGAUGAUAAGCCUCACGCGUGCACAGUUUGCGGGAGAUCCUUCAAGGAGCUCUCAACAUUGCACAAUCAUGAGAGAAUUCACACUGGUGAAAAGCCCUUUGCCUGCGAAACUUGUGGGAAAUGUUUUCGGCAACGUGUGUCUUAUCUCGUUCACAGGAGGAUCCACACUGGGGUCAUGCCGUACACAUGUUCGGCGUGUGGAAAGAGUUUCAGAUAUAAAGUCAGUCAAAGAACCCACAAAUGUCCAGAGCAAUCUCGAAUGUCACCAGCUCUCGAUCAAAUACCGGAACCAACUACUUCUGAACCUCAAAUGAAUGCAUUCGCAUUGGAUGAAGCAAAUAAAUUCGUGGUGAUACCCAACCGCAAUGGAGAGCCAACUUUAACCCGGGAGAUGGACAUAAACCCCUUGAGUUCAACAAAUAUAUUCCACUUUACCUGUCAUGCAGAUCCACCAAAAAUCGACGAAAGAAUGGAGCCUGCAGGGGGUAAAUCCCCUGGAGGUGUCCAACUGCCAGAAGACAAUUCCCAAGAUUUCCUCUCUCUAGUUAUUUCACCCAUGCAGAACGAUCCAUCCUCUCCCACCACCGAGAUGCAACAUCUGAGACUAGCCUCUCCAAAACAAUCGGAAAAUUUACAAGAAUCUGAUCAACAGUAUCAAGAUCCUUCAGACAAUCUCCAGAAGGACUUGAAACACGCGAUCGAUGGCAUUUUGAAUGAACGAAAUCGAGAGAAUAGUUCGUUAGAGACGAUAAACGAGGAAUCGUUGAAAGAAUUGCUUUAUGGAAUUAACAAAGCUCUAUGAAUACACGAAAUUAUGUAAUUAACUUAAAUUAGUGAAUCAUGCUGUUGAGAGUUCCUUUCUAUUGUUGCAUAAAAUGUUUUUUUUUUUCAUUGAAGUUUGAUUUCAGCGUC